AUGGAACCACCUUCUAUUCCUCCUACUGUUGUUCCAUCUCAGGUCACUGAUGUACCAGGCUCAGACAAUGUAACUGCCAAGGUCCCGAUCUCGCCCCAAAUGGCUGCGCCCCCUAAAGCUCCCACGAUGGUACCAUCAGCUCCACUAACCGCUCCUACUGCGCCAUCAGGUGCUGCGAAGUCGCCUCCACAAGGCCCUGCUGCACGACCGCGUGCACCACCUACAGCUCCUCAAGCGGCACGAGUCAACGUAUCCCCAUCGUUCUCAAGGGCGACUCUUCCACAGUACACACCUCGAGAUGCAUCUCCCAGUGCGAAUCCUUCAGGGUUUGGUCCGCGUAAUGGUGGCGGAGGAGGCCCUGCGAUCAACACAUCCCCGCAAAGCUUACCAGCGAAUAUACCUACGGGCCCCAAAGCCGACCGCACUCCGAUGGCUCCUAGGCCACUUUCAUCCUAUCCGCAAUCGGACAGGCCUGGCUUUCCUCCCGCUAGAGGCCCAUUGAGCGGCGGUCCUAAGAGCAUGCAAUGGGUACGGCCUGGAUUCAAUUCGAGCCGACCGUCGGUGCCAACCAAGCGCGAAUUCCCGGCUGAGGAUCGUGAACGACCGUUCGGUACUGCCCCUAAAGCUCCUCGACUCGAGCAUAGCGUCUCUGCUGCACAGAUCCAGCGUAAUACACAAGCUAAAUCAGUAUCACCGUCAUUUUCACGCAUUCAAACCGAAAUCGAAAGACCGAGAGAACGUGCGGUAUCCGCAGAGCGUCCUGUGGUGCCCUCACCCAAACCUACUCCGAUCGAGACUAGGCGACACUCUGAUGUCGUCAUGGCAGAAGCGUCACCUCGAAUGGCCAAGCCACCCAUGUCGGCUGCGUCGUCUGCCCCGGAAGCUCUGCAAGACUCUGACGACGAUCUUGAUCUUGACGAGGACGACUUCGCUGAGUCUGAGGCGAAAUACAACCGAGAGCGAGCACGUCUAGAGGCCAAACGGGUCGAUCUGAGUGCUCCGCACUUGCGCGCUACAACUCCCUUGCAGGAGAUUGUUCUGCUGUCAUGCCUCAAUGUCGAGCAUCUUCCUCAAACACAGCCAGAUGUGGUGUCCGUCGAAGAGACAAGCACACCCUUUCCCCAGGAGCAGGAAGAGUCACAUCUUUCACCUGUGCAAGCACGUCAUGUGGAACCAACCACUAAUCAACCUGCUCCAGAGAGUAUCACGGCAGAUCUACCGACACCUAAGGCGGAAGAGUCCGAGGAUGUCGAGAUGGAAGACAAAGAGGAGACUGAAGAGAGGUCGGCUGCACCCGCAACGAUGGCGCUUCGCCUACGACGUGAGACCUCUGCAGAGCGGGAAACCUUACCCGACCUCAGUUCGUUGCCCUAUCUAGGCUCAGGCCCGCCAACGCCUCUAUCGGACAUUGGGCAAGACCGACCAAACCUAUCUGACGAUAUCAUGAACGCCAUUCGAAGCAAAUUACGCAAGAGCAUCGAGCCUGAGCUUAACACUGAUCAGAUUCUCGAACGAUACGCAGCUGCAUAUAGAGCGUGGCGUGUGUCCAUCCGUCCCUUGGACGAAGAGCGUGACCAAGACGAUCAGGAUAGACAGCCGUCAGCCGAGCCAACACUGAAGGCUGUCACUCCCGAUGUACAAAAUGCUGCGAUGACAGGGAUUCUGGAUGGGUCGCUCGCUCCUACAGGCCGGAGGAGCCACGCGAGUCGAUGGGCUACUGAGCUUGAUCUGGAAGCUGUCAUCAAAGAGUCUUUGAAGACUGCCGAAGAGGAAAAGUUAGGGAAGAAAGACAAAGAGCCACGCAAAGCCAUGGCUGACCCGGAGAAGGAGGCCGAUCUACCAUUGGAACUUACCGAGGCAGAGGCUCAGCGCAGAAGAUUCAUCGACACUAACUUCCAACGCGAACCCGGUCAAGGGAUUUUCGUGUUUCACUAUGAGCCGCCAGAGGAUGACUUCACCCCCGAGGAACACAGGGUCAUGGUACAUAACUACAAGGAUCAAUACGCAAAGAAGUGGGGUAAGCUGGCCGAAGUUCUUUACAAAGAAGUUGGAACCGAACGUACCUACAAGGAUUGUAUCAAUCAUUACUAUGCUACCAAAUGGGGCAGAGAAUACAAGGGUAAACUCCGCAAAGCUCGGGCUCCCAGGAAGCGUGGUGGAGCCGUUGGUCGUGGUCGUGGAGCUAUCGCCAACAUGGACCGACCCGAAGGACCAGGAGAGGACGGUUUGCCCUUACCAGUCACUGAGACUGGGCGGCCUCGACGCCAUGCGGCUCCCAAAUUUGGCCCAACCGAAACUGAGUUCGACCCGAUCACAGGAAUGCCCAUACCAGGCCGAGCACGCAGGCAAACUGACGCCGACGACACGCAAGAAAAGGCCAUGCGGCGUGGAAAACCGGCGAAGGACAAGGUUGGCCGGAAGGCGAAGAAUACGCCACUCGCGGCCGUUCCUAUAGGCUCACCUGUCAAGGUCGAUCGUAAAGACAAGAACAUGGGAGUCAAGAUGGAGGACGACCUUGGCAAGCGGCCCAUGAAUGAUAUGCCAAUACCCAUGCCACUUAUCCCUAUGGAGGAUCAGAUGAUGCUGGCAGGAGAUUUGCAGCAGCUUUCUGGCCUGCCUGGCAGUCUUAUGGAUCGACCGAAGACACAGGCUGGUGCCAGACCUGGCCCAUCUAGCUACUGGUCCGUCUCCGAGUUACAAGACUUCGAUAAGAAUGUUGCACACUUUGGCACGGACUGGAUUGCAAUUGCAAACCAUAUGGGCACCAAGACGCACACUAUGAUCAAGAACCAGUAUCUGCGUCUUGUCGAAAGUGGCAAACUAGACUUGGAGCAGACAGCAAAAGAGGCAGAUGCUCGAAGGGAACGAGGUGAUGAUCUAGGUCCACCGCCAACACCGACUCCAGCACCCAAGAGACGAUACGAGAGCACACAAGCGGGACCUAUCCGCCCCAUCGCACCUACGCCUGAACAUGGGUCUCCGCCUCCGAACCCGCUUGUGCACCCAAAAUUAUCUCCUCCGCAUUCAACUCCUUCUUCGAGAUUCUCCACUAUCGCCCAAGCACCUGUGCAGAGCAAGCCCAUGGUGCCUCCGCCCGGAUAUUCUGCCCUACCAGAGACUAGCCUGGCGUCUGUACCCUCGAUACCACCACAGCAGUCGCCGCCCGCUCCCCCUCAGCGUGCACCGCCGCAGCAUCAUCACCAACACUCCAUGUCGCAGCAUAAGUCGCAGCCGCAAGGGCCACGAGCUGGAUACUUUUCCGAAGACCUAGCUCCACGUUUCGAGUCCCGGCCACCUUCACAACCUGCCGGCAACCAACAGGCACACCGGCCAUUGCAACAACAUGCGCCUCCACAGCCUCGCGUUCAAGAGCAACACCACUCGCCUCUCUAUCGUGGACUUCACUUUCAGGAGCGAGACGUUGCGGGUAGACCUGAAGUUCAGCAGGAGCAGGAGGCUCAGCGCCGGUUUCAUGAACACACACGUCGCAUCUCACAGGAGAUGUCACAGCAUAGACCUUUUGCUCCCGGUGGUGCACCGCCGAUCAUGCCGCCAUUAGCCUUCCCCCAGCUCAACCCCAAGCGAUGCUUCACACUCAAUUACAGCAUCCUCAGCGCGGCCCACCACCUAUGCAAAACACACCUCCGCCUGCAGUAA